CUGGUCACACUGAGACUUCUUUAAAAAGAAUUCCACUAAACAUCGCAGUUUUUUAUUUGACAGUUUAACUGUUCAAUUGUUUGUAGUGGAAGGUUUCGGCGUUGUUUUUUUUUUUUUGCUUGAGCACGAACGAUCAUGGCUUGGGUCCCCAAUUCACAGUUCGAGGAUGAUCUGGUCGCCAUGGAGCCGGAUUUCAAUUUUGUUCAUGGUCAGCUGGCCUACGAUAUCAAGAAGCAACAGGAGUUUUGCCCGCGACCCAAGAGCACAUACGAAUAUUUAAAGUCUCGGGAAAAGAGGAAUUCCGAGCUCGAAAAUAUACACGAAAGCGCUGGCGGAAAGGGUCGCGAAAUUCGGGAUAGCCUUCAGCUAAUGGAGAAAAUCCAGAAGAUAGCGGGCACAAGGCCACUGGGUGAGCACGCCACAAUGGCAGAUUGGGAGGAUGACAGCACGAAGGAACUGGAGGCGAUAGCUAUGAUGCGACACUUCGGAAUGAUGUCCAUGGCAGGAGACUCGCUGCCCGUUGUGCCCGAUAUUAAACCUCCAGAAGGACCCAUUCACAUUAUAAGAAAUGGCCGGAAACCAUUUCCCCUAAUCACAGAUCCCGAAUUCUUCAGACCUCGCAGGAUUCCCCGUCCGAAGAAUCCCAGUCCCAGUGGAUCCUAUCACACUGCCAAAAGUACAAUCAGUUCCAUCAGUCUUUAUGGAUCUGCCAGGUCCUAUUCGGGCAGCAGUCAGGAAGAGGUUAAGAUCAAGGAGUUCAAGCCGGAGAAAUACCGCGAAAUACCUUACCAACCGCUAGAAGAGAGUUUCGACCUGAACGUGGAAUCGCCAUUCCCCACCGAGGCACCUCCUAGCCAGUUUGGAAACCCAAUGAACCAGAAAGAACGUCGCCGGCAAAACGAAAUUACUAAACCAAAGCAAUAACGUACCAAAGAAGUUUCUUUUAAAGUAAUUCGUUUGUCAGAAUCAAAAUAUCAAACACUAUAUUGUUUUAUGAAAAUAUUAAAUUACACUUAUAUUAAAUUACACUUAUGGCAACUGCCAACUGCAGUUUUAGAAAUACAAAGCAAGAUACCGGAUAUCAAAGAGUAAACAAAAUAUUUAUUUGUUUUUUCAAAUUAAAUUCAAAAGAACGUACAUAUAAAUGCUGAACUCAACUAGUUAGUCCUCGAAAAAAAUAUACCCUUAAAUUAAAUUCUUGAAUAUAAAUUAAUUCAUGCACAGGAAUAUUUUCCAAAUGAUUUAGUAAUAAUUCCAUAGUAACC